AUCCUGCUGAUGCUCCCUCGUCUCAUCGUAAACUCUUGUGCACCCUCUGGUGCUUGCUAGUCUCCCAAACUUCUUUGUGUAGCCUGCUUUGCAGAUUGUCUUCCUUGUCUGUGUGGUUGCUCAUUAUUCAGAGACAGACGGAUCUCAGGUCAUCUGCAGCUGCAGCAAAGGAGAAGCAGGAAAGAUGGCGAUCAUCCAUUAGACCGACCGGGCGCACGCAUGAAAUACGAGGACAACUUUUGGGAGGAUCGCUUGAGGAGAAGAUUGUACCAGUUUCCCUGAUUUUCCAGGGAGUUCUCCCUAGUUUCAAUAAUGGAGGUACUGCAAUGUGAUGGCUGUGACUUCCGUGCUGAGUCAUAUGAUGACUUGAAGACUCACAUACAGGAAGUACACACUGUUUUCCUGCAGCCUGCAGAUGCAGAUGAGUCUGAUUCUCUGAAAGAUGAGGAUGAAGACGAGGAGGAAGAAGAGGACUAUGAGGAUAAAGAUGACAAGGAUUAUACGCCUCCUAAAUCUGGAAUGAGCCCCAACUCUACUGAUCGUCCCAACCAAACACCCCAAAAGCAGACGGCUGAAACUCAUCUGCAGUUUUACCAGUGCAAGUUCUGUGUCCGUUACUUCAGAUCAAAGUCAUUCUUAAGGAACCACACCAAAAAGGUGCACAAUGUCGUAGAGGGAGAUUCAGAUGCGGGUGUCUCCUCACAGACUGCUAAGCAGCCCGGCUACACUGUUAUAAUGCACAAUGACCAUUCAAAAGUGUAUUCCUGUCAGUAUUGCACGUAUAAGUCUCCACGGAAAGCAAGGAUAAUGAAACACCAACUAAUGUAUCACAGCAAAGUUCCCUCCGAUAGUGCUGGAGAUCCCCCAGAGUACGAUGAGAGCGGUGAGAAAUCGGACUCAGCUAGUGGGCUCACGAAGGGAACAUUUGCCUGCGAAUGGUGUGACUAUCAGACUGACGAGAAGGACACCUGGACUAGUCACGUGGUGAAGGAACACAGUGACAAGGUCAAGAUAGUUUCUUGCAUUUCAGAGGUGGAUGAGGAGACAACUGCAAGCUCCCCCAAACCAGAUUCUCCCUCCUCUUCUCAUGCUAAUGUUAGCAGAAAAGAGGAUUCUGCAACAAAAACACCAGAAGACACCUUGGAGAAGUCCAUCGCAGAGAUCUCAUCCUUUCAAUAUGUACAGAUAAGUGCAGUUACGCCCAACAGCACAGGUUCUUCUAUCUUAUCCAAGAGGUUUGCAUCAUCCGAUGUCUCCAACAGUGCGAUAGAUAUGGAAGCCAACCUGCUCAAUGAGGAAGACUCAAGGAGCAGCUUGGAGGACAAUGACGAUGAUGAAGAGUUGGGUGAUAUAGAUGAUCCCAGCUACACUGGAACCUUGUCUGCAGAUGCAAAGCAGCUAUUAACAGAUGAGGAUAAUAAAUUAUUGGAAACUAAAGGAAUUCCUUUCAGAAAGUACAUGAACCGAUUUCAGUGCCCCUUCUGCUCCUUCCUCACCAUGCACAGGCGGAGCAUCUCCCGCCACAUUGAAAAUAUCCACCUUUCUGGCAAAGCCACAGUGUAUAAAUGCGAUGAAUGCCCGUUUAUUUGCACCAGCCCUCUGAAAUUAGGCACGCACAAACAGAGCCACAGUUUUUCUGAUUUAGAGACCUUGGACUUGACAGGUGAUAGUCCAGAACCUCAGAACGACAAUACAGCAGAGUCAGUUAAUGAGGGUAACGCAAGUUCCAAAGUCAAUGGGAAAAAGACAACCAGCACAUCAAACGACCAGCAGAACCCUCAUCGAUGCACACUCUGCAGCUUCUCUACCACCACUCUGAAAGGUCUGAGGGUCCACCAGCAGCAUAAGCAUUCCUACUGUGAUGACCUCGAUUCCACUGUCUUUGAAGCCCAGCUGUCUGACCAGCCAGACUCUGAAGUGGAUGCUUCUCCAAUCUUUCUACAAAAACCCAGACCCCCUUUUAGGACUUGCACCAAAAAGCCCUUAGUAACAGGGAAAAGAGCCAGGAAGUCCAUUAAUGACUUGCCUUUGGAUUUGUCCUCGGAAAAGAGAACCAGAAUUGAUGAAAUUGCCAGUAACCUUCAAAGUAAGAUAAGCCAAAGCCAGCAGGACACAGUCAUUAAUCUGGAUGACAUGGAUGAUGAAGACGCAGGAGAAAAUCAUGCCAGCGCUGAUGAGGGGAGGAACAAUGAAAACAACAACCCUGUCUUUGCGUACAACACACAGCAGCUUUAUGCAAGAGACUCUGCCAGCUCUAAUGAGGGCGGCAGAAUAGGGAAAAGAAAAAGCAACCCUAGGUCCAAGCCUAGAAACAUUCCCAUAUCACUGACUCUCUCGGAUGAUAGUGAAAAUAUCUCUGCUGAUGCCAGUGACAGUACUGUCCAAGAGAACAUGGAAUAUUCAGAGGAUCCUGGAAUUACACGUUUCUACUGUAAACACUGUGAUUACCACAAUAAGUCAGCUCGUAGUGUCAGCACCCAUUACCAGAGGAUGCACCCCUACAUCAAGUUCAGCUUUAAGUACAUCCUGGACCCUGAAGACCAGAGUGCAGUCUUUCGCUGCUUAGAGUGCUACAUCGAAUACACAAAUUACAAUGAUCUGCACCAACACUACAUGGAUCACCACCCUGAAGCAAGCAAUGUGCUCAACUUCAACCAACCGCAUCUCUUAUACAUGUGCCGAUUUUGUUCCUACACGAGCCCCAAUGUGAGGAGCCUAAUGCCCCAUUACCAAAGAAUGCACCCCACCGUGAAAAUCAACAAUGCCAUGAUCUUUUCCAGCUAUAUUGUGGAGCAGUCCCACAAAUCCAGUGAAUCGCAAACUAGGGAAAUACUAAAUUCGGGCCCCAAAUUUAACUCCCCCACUUCAAUGCCCAGGUCCACCUCAAGUCCAGUGCAGAAAGCAGUUUCCAAGUCUCCCGAAGCUAGCGCUGAGGCAGAACCUCUCAAAGAAGGCAGCAAUGUUGUUGUCUAUGAUUGUGACGUGUGUUCCUUUGCAAGCCCCAAUAUGCACUCUGUUUUGGUCCACUACCAGAAAAAACACCCAGAGCAAAAGGCGUCUUAUUUCCGUAUACAGAAAACCAUGAAGGUCAUCUCAGUGGAUCAGUCGCAGCCUGUAGCCAACUCUUCAUUUAACACCAGCAUAUCUGCAACUCCAAAACAGUCGAGUGCAGCAGUUUAUGGAUCAGAUGAAGAAAUGUACUAUUGUAAACACUGCGUGUACAGCAACAGAUCUGUUGUCGGUGUAUUGGUCCAUUAUCAGAAAAGGCAUCCAGAGGUGAAAGUGACAGCAAAAUAUAUCAAACACGGUGCUCCCACCCCCGGAUUGAUGAAACUCAUGGAUGAACUGCAAAUUGCAGCUCCCAAGCAGUUUAUGAAGCAGUUUCAAAAUAAUGGUCACGAUGGAUCUAAUAACUCGAGUCCUAAACCAGGAAGUGGUGAAAAAGGUGAGGAUGAGCUCUUCUUUUGUCAGCACUGUGAUUAUGGCAACCGCACUGUAAAAGGCGUGCUUAUUCAUUACCAGAAAAAGCACAGGGAAACCAAGGCCAAUGCUGACCUCGUGCGCCGUCACACCGCAGUUGUCCGGAGUCAACGUGAGCGCGCGCAGAUGGUUCAGUCCAGCAGUGCCUCUUCUGCCACGGUCCCAGCUCCUCCAGACCCUGAAAACACUACACCUUUGCGUUCCCUGAAGUGCAGGCACUGUUCCUACACAUCCCCCUAUGUCUAUGCUCUCAAGAAGCACCUGAAGAAAGAGCACCCUGCUAUGAAAGCCACAGCCAUGACAAUUUUACAUUGGGCUUAUCAAGAUGGCAUCUUAGAGGCUGGCUACCACUGCGAGUGGUGCAUUUACUCCCAUGCUGAACCCCAAGGACUGUUGCUCCAUUACCAAAGACGCCACCCCGAACAUAAUGUUGAUUACACAUACAUGGCCAGCAAGCUGUGGGCUGGUCCUGAAACCACCCAACAAGGGGGCAAUGCAGAAACGAAACAUUACAAAUGUAGAGACUGUGCCUUUGAGGCUUGUACAAUAUGGGACAUCACCAAUCACUAUCAGGCAGUCCACCCCUGGGCUAUCAAAGGGGAUGAAUCUGUGCUUUUGGAUAUAAUCAAAGGGAACGGCUCAGCUGACAAAACCCACCAGCAGGUUUCCAAAGAACAGGUACCUCUGAAUUGCCAGACUGUUGAAGAUGAUGGCGCAUUGGUUAUUGCCACCCCACCUCAAGAAAGCAAUCCCCAGCCUCACCACCCACGCCUUUCCAUCUCUAAUAAUCCUUAUCAGUGUACUGUAUGUCUGUCAGAGUACAAUAGUCUCCACGGCCUCCUCACUCACUAUGGAAAGAAGCACCCAGGCAUGAAAGUGAAAGCUGCAGAUUUUGCACAGGAGGCAGACCUCAACCCCAGUUCUGUCUAUAAAUGCCGUCACUGUCCGUAUGUAAACUCCCGCAUCCACGGAGUCCUUACCCACUAUCAGAAGAGACACCCAUUGGUCAAAGUCACUGCGGAAGACUUUGCAGAUGAUAUAGAGCAUAUCACUGAGUUGCAUGAAGGGGAUGACAAGUUCAAAACUCAAAGGCAGGGCUAUGGUGCAUACAGAUGCAAAAUGUGCCCAUACACCCAUGGGACUCUGGAGAAACUCAAAAUCCAUUAUGAGAAAUAUCACAAUCAGUCUGCUUCCGAUAUGUUCUCUGCCUCUCUGACUAAUUUUUCUUCUAGUAAAGAAAUCGAGGCAGUAGGCGAGUGCAGUGCUAGUAAUAUAUCAAGUGGAGCAAAAGUCCAGGAGGUCAGUGAGUUGGACCUUGCCCUCUCUCAGUUACCCAUCAAUAAGACAGAAAAACAUGCUGUAUUCAAGUGUCAGCUCUGCAAAUACUUCUGCUCCACCAGGAAGGGCAUCGCUCGCCACUACCGUAUCAAGCACAACAACGUCCGUGCUCAGCCAGAGGGUAAAAAUAACGUUUUCAAAUGUGCUCUGUGCUCGUACACGAACCCUAUACGCAAAGGCCUGGCAGCACACUACCAGAAGAGGCAUGAUAUCGAUGCCUAUUAUACACAUUGUUUGGCUGCUUCAAAGACUAUGAAUGAGAAGGUGAACAAAGUGAUGGCACCUCCGCCAACAGAAGGGGACAAUUCAGAAAUGAGUGAAGACUUGCGAUUGGCUGUGGAGAGACGGCGGUGCUCUCUUUGCCCCUUUCAGGCCUUCAGCAGGAAGAGCAUUGUCUCACACUACAUUAAACGCCACCCGGGUGUGUUCCCCAAGAAGCAGCAUUCAAGCAAACUUGGUCGCUACUUUACUGUUAUUUAUGCCAAAGAACCCGAAAAGACUGCUGUAAGUGCAUCAGGAGAGGACGAUAAGGAAGUGAUAGAGGUCCCACUCGAACCUGAGCAGGAUGGAGAUGUGGACUGGCUGCCAUUCAAGUGUCUAAAAUGCUUCCGGUUGUCUUUUAGCACAGGCGAACUGCUCUCUAUGCACUACAACAACCACCACAGCAAUGACUUGAAGAGGGACUUUGUGGUAUCGCCCGGUCCCGGGGAUGAGGAUUCUGAGUUAUAUCAGUGUUCUCACUGUGAGCUGAAGUUCCUAGCUCUCCCUGUUCUUGCUAAACAUCUCCUGAAUCACAAUGAGGAGUUUCAGAAAAGGGCGAUGAGGCACGAGAGAAGGAGGCAGCUUCUCAGCAAGCAGAAAGCCACAGAGCUGCCUGAGAGCAAACAAGAGAAGGAGAGUCCUGUAAAUAAAGCUCCCAUAGGAUUCAGGUGCAACUUCUGUGUAGAGAUACAUCCCACCCUCCGAGCUAUCUGCAACCACCUUAGGAAACAUGUCCAGUAUGGUGAGGUCAAAGAGGGACAUGUCAAGCAGGAAGUCAGCGAAGUCCCCCUGAUCCUGCCUUCAGAGAGCCUAACUAAUGGCAACAUGGAGGGGGAUGAAGCCGCUGAAGUCGAUGGCCUGGAAAGACCUGGAGCUACACCCAAAGAUUCAGAUGAUGUCGCCGUUAAUGUGGAGAACCUGGAUCCUGAGGCAGAUGCUGUCGAAGGAAGGGCAGCGGCUUUGGUGGCUGCAGCUAGGGCCAUAGUAUCGGAGGGCCAGCUGAAGCAGCGGCUGGCAGCAGGGGGUCACCCAUGUGCCCAGUGCGACCGAGUCUUCAUGUCCAUGCAGGGACUGAGGUCCCAUGAGAGGAGCCACUCAGCCAUGGCACUGUUCAGCAAAGAAGACAAGUACAGCUGUCAGUAUUGCCAGUUUGUCUCGCCCUUCAGACACAAUCUGGACCGACAUGUGCAGUCUCACCACGGGCACCAUAAGCCCUUCAGGUGUAAGCUCUGCCCCUUUAAAUCUGCCUACGUGAGCCGCUUGAAGAGCCACCUGCAUAAAGCGCACACAGGUGAACAGCACACAUACAAGUGCUUGUCGUGCCCCUUCUCUUCUAUGACCAUCAGCCAGCUGAAGGAGCACUCUCUGAGAGACCACGGUGAGGCCUUGACCCUUCCCAAACUCCGAGCAGCUACCCAGGCUGCGCAUGCCACCCUGAGGCCCUCCCGACCGGCCGGUAAUGCAGAACAGACUCCCAUGGCACCUGAUGAUCCAUCAUACCUGGAGCCAGCAGAUGUUCGUCAGCAGCUUAGUCAUUACCAGCUGGCCUCCCGCAGUCACAUGUCUUCCAGCUCGGCACCUGGUGGCUCAACAGUGGCCGACAAUCGUCCUGACAAUAUCCUCACAUGCGAGUUCUGUGAGUUCAGCUCUGGAUACAUGCAGAGUCUGCGCCGUCACUACAGGGACCGCCACGGUGGCAAGAAGCUCUUCAAAUGCAAAGACUGUUCCUUUUUCACCUGCUACAAGAAUACCUUCACCAUGCACGUGGAGGCAGGUCACAACAACAACGCACCGGAGGACCUCCCUAAAGACCUGCGCUGCCCUCUCUGCCUCUACCACACCAAACACAAGAGCAGUAUGAUUGACCACAUUGUUCUGCACAGAGAAGAGCGCGUGGCUCCAUUGGAGGUCAGCCGCUCCAAGCUGUCACGUCACCUUCAGGGCCUGGUAUUCCGUUGUCACAAAUGCACCUUCACAUGCUCCAGUGACCAGGCCCUGCAGCUGCACCUGCAAAAGCAUGCUGAGAUCAAGCCCUACCAGUGCCAGCUCUGCUAUUAUGACAGCAAUAGAAGGAGCCAGCUAGAGGAGCAUCUACGCCUUGAGCACAAGGUUAUCCGGAACUUUGAACUGAUGGGCCGGGUCAACCUGGACCAGCUGGAGAUAAUAAAGGAUCAAGGCAGCAGCGCCGAGGAGGAAGAGGAGAGAGAAAUUAUGGAGAUGGUGGUAGAUGGAAAAGUGGCUCUGGAGGAGGAGGAGGACGAUAAUGAUGAAGGAAUGGAAAUUAUGGAGAACAUGGUGGAGGACCACAUAGAGAUGGAUGAUGAGGAGAUGGAGGAAAACCUCAAAGAGGAAGACGAUGACGUGGAAGAAGUAGAAGAGGUGGAGGACGAGGAAGAGGAGGAGGAAGAAGAGGAAGUUAAGGGGGUGGGGGAAGAGAAGCCUGCCUCUCAAGAAGUCCUUGCAUCUCCCAUCAGCAGCAGCAGCAGCAGCAACAGCUCUGGGCCAGGCAGUGCGGAGAAGCGUCUUCCCUGCGAGUUCUGUGGCCGCUGCUUUACAAACAGCCUUGAAUGGGAACGACACGUCCUUCGACAUGGCAUGAUGGUUAACAACAGUCGGCUGGACACCAGCACCACUUCAGCAAUAGAGGCCUCAGCUUCAUCUUCCACUGGCUCCUCUGUGUUGGAAGACACAAGACUGGACCUGUACAGCAACAGAAAAGAGGAAGGGAACCCUGCUGAUCUAUCUUUGACAAGUCAAAGCCAGUAUGUGGAAGACAAAGAAAUGCUUGACACCAAAAAGGAUCAACAGUUUGGCUAAAGCGAUUGUGGCCUCUUGGGAUACUGUGCUAGAAAGUGAUAACAUUGGAUAGGAUCAAAAUUGAGUAGUGGGAUCAGAAAAUAAGAUGUCAAAGGAAACAAAAGGUUGAAACUUAAAAAAAAAAAAAAAAAAAAAAAAAAAAAAUUUGACUUUUUAUGAGUUGGUGCAUUAUUAGAUUUUAGAUGUUACAUAUAUAAGUAUUAGGUUGUGCUGCAUAAAACGGCUGAGCUCUUUAAAUGGGCGGUCCCCUAGGACAGAUCUUAAUAUAUUGGUAACCAAUAGUGAACAGAACUCUUUAUUGCUGACAUUCUGGUCAAAUCCACAGUAAAAGUUCCCACCUAGAUAAAACUCCACUAUUUAUAAAGAAUGUUGUCCAAAAUGACGAACUAAAUUUAGCAUUUUAUUAUUUGAAGCACCUUUCACACUCCUCCCUGCUCAUUCAAAACGGUGGUACUGAAAAUUUACCUAAAACAAACAAGGAAGGUAUGAAAGCAUUUACAGCCAUGGCCGACUGUAGACCUAGCUUUUCUUAUAUUUAAUCAAAAUUUGAGACUUUUUUUUUUUUUUUUUCCCAUCUUACCCUUCCGUUAAAUGUGUGGAAGUAUUCCCUGAGAAAGAGUGGCACCUUAUGUAUUUUAGUAAAAUUACAAAUCCUGUUCUUUCUCUUUACAAAUUGUCCCAGUGUUUGAUGCGAAUUGCUAACAUUUUUUUGGUCCCUUUAAUAUUAUACUAUGUAUAAAUCUUCGGCCUGUGGCACCCUUUGCAUUUUACCUGUACCGUUUUAUUGUCCAGUAAUUUCACUGUUGAAAUCAUAGAAAUAAUGGGAUCAGUUUAAAUCUCCCGUAAGAUCUUUGGCUGUGAACAAUAUUGCAAUUUUCCUUUGCACUCAACAGAUUCCACAUGACUCCUUCACAGUCAGCUGAUUUUUUUUUUUUUUUUUUUUUAAUUUUAGAAUUUUAAUGAGCCAUGUAACAUUUUACCUUCACACUUUGAGUUACAGGCCCUACAAGUACAUUUUGAUGGUUGCAGUUACCACUUUUUAAUUCAAAUCAGUCUUUUUGAGCCUCCAUAACCUGUAAAGUACAGGAGAUGGUCACAUGCAAUUUUUAGUGCUGAAAAACACAUUUAUAGCAUAAGAAAGCUUUGAAAAUAUUUUUACCUAUAUUUUCAUACCAUGUUCAUCUUCUAGCCAUGAUUUUCAUAGUAUGAAGGUAAAUUUUUGCAUGUCUUCAUUGACUACACUAAAUUUAUUUUACCAAAAAAAAAAAAAAAAUGUUGACUCUGAGGUGGAAGCAACUCCAAAUUUCUCCAAAUGGAAUGACCCAGUAAUACGUUUAACGUGUCAUGACCUUCCCUGCAUCCGUUAAGGAUUACCCUGGACUGUAUCUACCGGUUUCACGACUAAUGGCAACUUUUUCGAGAGACAAAGAUUACACUUGUCUUUUCAAUGCAAAAUGUGUAAUCAGGUGCGCCUGAGUCCCGCUCUGUCCUCACCCUCUGAGGAGGUCCCUCGCCUCACAGAGAUCCAGACGUUAUAACCAUAGUGGAGUGGUCUGGUUCACUGGAUUACACUGUGCACAGGAAUCGGACCACGCUAUGUUCACAACAAGUGUCAACCACCACAGCUGUGUUUCAAAACCAGUGCACAAGUGCCUUAAAAUGCAGCUCCCCUAAUGGCCGCUACAUGGCUUUAACUGCUUUAACGGUAACAAGGAAUACACCAAACGUCCCCCUCAAAAAAACAAAGUUGUGUGUUUUCCACAAGAAUUUGCUCCAUAUUUAUCUAUUCCAAGGUGUGCCUUAGUGGCAAUAAUUAAGAUCAGAUUGAAUCAAGUUAAAUUCAUCUAUAUUAUAAUUGCACAGAGCAAGAACCAGAAAAGUCAAAUGUGAUUUGUCAUCUAGUGCAAAGAUAUUGAGACUUUUAGCGCAGUAGGAUUACCAAAAAAACAAAACAAAAAAAAAAAAACUACUCUAAUCAGCUUACUGUAGUUUUAGGCCACGCAAAUGUAUACUGUAGUUUAUUUGCCAAAAUAUCAAUCUCUGAGCUUUCUCUUGACCCCCUGAUCCACAUUAAGCACGUGGAAUUUCAUUAGUUAUGCUCACAGCAUUGAGAGAGUUUGAUGAGGAGGAUGGUGUAUAUAGAAAGAAAAGCUGCUUUUGGUUAUUUUUAAUGUUCUGAGCAUCACAAAUGAUAUUCCAGGCUUAAUCGAGUGUGUUUGGCAUUUGUUCCUUUGAAAGAUGUCUAGACCUUUCACUGUCACCUCUGUUGAUCACAUUAUCUAAAGGCUGCUCUACACUGUCCGAUUUGUAUUGGCUUGAGCAUUCAGAUAUAGGCUUUAAAAUGUCUCUUCAGAAACAUGACUGAGGCUAAGGGAAAGGCCGUGUUUUGCUGUAGUCUCUGGUCCAGUUAUAACAUAAAGAUAUACACUGAAAAGACAAGUGUAACCCGAGCAGGAAGCUCUAAAAACAUAUAUAUAUAGGAAAAAUAUAUAGGAAAAAUAUGAGAUAAUGGGACUUUAUGUUAAGGAUUGACUGUUUUAAAGGUUCAAAUUCCCUCAUCUUAAAGAAAAAGAGAAAAUUCUUUUAAUGUUUCGACACCCCUGUCAUUGUCUGCAUUUGUGUGCUUCUUGUUAGAUAAAGUUGUUAUAUUAUUGUUGAUAUUGACAAAAGGCAGAGAUUGUAUUUGUUGGAAGCUGCUGCUUGAACGCCCUAAAGCCUUAUGAGAAGUGAAUAGCAAUGAAGUCAAAUUUGCAUCCAACUCCAAUAAGACCAGCAAGAACAAUUAAACAGUCUGGAGAAGAGAAAAAAAAAUGGUAAAUAACUUCAAUAUUAAGAGGAACACAAAUAAAGCAAUUGUGUUCUUGGUACCAAAAUAUUUGCCACGCCUGAUGUGUUUGCUGCUGGAAAUGUCUUUCAUAAGCAUCGAUCUGUUGACAGAAAUGGGAAAUCUGGGACUGGACCAUAGAAAUGUUCUAUGAGUCGAACUUGGACGAAGUACAUGUUUGCAGCCAUGUAUAGACAACAAAACUACUUGUUAAGUGUUUGAACUGUGGUGUUUCAGAAAGGAUAACUUAACCGUUUUUUUUCUUUAAGUGUUCACAUUUUUUUUUUUUUUUUUUUUAAAAAGGAAGGAAAAAAAAAAGAAAUCUAAAGAUCAUAGCUAACCCUGAGGGGCUUUGAAUCCCCAAUCCAACAUUAUUAUGCUGUUGUGCAAUGUCUGGUUCCAAUGGAAACGCAUCCCUUUUUUGUAUCGUAAUGGGAAUGAGCAGAUAGGAAGCACAGUGUGGUUGUACAAUAUUAAGCAUAAAGGAAAUUCACUCAGUUCUCUUCUAAUUCAUGGCCAGGGCUUUUAUUGGUGAGGAAGAAAAAUACAGUUAAGGAAGCGCCGAGUAAACAAUAGUUCCUUUGGGAGCAUUUACCUAAACUGCUCGGUCCUUUUCUGGGCUUGACCAUCAUCACCGUCUGGGUUCCUAGAGAGCCUCUUGAUCCCUCUAAGAUUUAGCUCAUUCUUGUCCAAUCCAAAAUCAGAUACACCAGUAUCUUCUGUCCAUGACAAGUAGGGGCAUCAGCUCACUUAUUCCAAGUGUACCUGUCUACCGUCUACCCACUCAACGAUAGUUGGGACUCUGAGAGUCGGACUCCCUGGUUCUUGUAAUGCCCUCAAACAAGUUGCGUUGGUGCUGAAUCUCAGAGCCCUUUUUUUUUUUUUUCUGUUUUACAGAACCAGCUUGUAUCGUUUUUGAAAGCAAAACUCUUUGAAAAUAGUUGUUGUAGAAAUAAGCUUUGUAAGGCAGCUUGUUACCCAGCUUGAAAUCCCAGGGUAAACCAGAUGAUAAUCUGGGACAGUGUGGGUGAUGAAGCUGUCAACCCAAAAUUGUUUGUUGUUCUGUGAUCAUUUUAAUAGAGAAGGACUAUGAAUCCCUCACUGUGUGCAGUCUCUAGACUGUAAUGUUCCCAGUUUACCCAAAGUUACGCCCCUGCUGACAACACACUGGAUACUUGUAUAUAUGUUUAGUUUGUUUCUGAUGCAUUUCUCCUUUCAGACUGUUGUCUCCAUAGUUUGACACUAGAAUCUCUCCUUCUUGCCUUUCCCCAUAUAAAUCUGAUUACCUGAUGGUGGGUUGUGAUGUUGCCUAGAAUGAUUGUUUACAAUUUUAUUCCAUUUAUCUCUGGAUAUUCUGUAAAUAUUGUAAUUCAUUGUCUUUUUUUA